AGAAUGUGAACCUUCACGGAAAUUUAACACAUCGAAUAACAUCAUUCAAUCAAAAUGGAAAUCAGCGGAUAAAUUUGUUAACGUAGAAGAUAUUGAAAGAUUCAUUGGUGCGAGAUGCAGAAGUUACGAAGUUACAAUAUUAUAG